GGACGCCUCCUGGAAAAGAAAAAAAUGAGCCUUUUUUUGAAUGAGGGAAAAAUCCAGCGUUACUUCCUGGGACAAAGAAAACAUGUCAUUCUGACCAAAGUGCUUGAUAGAAUUGCUUGGAUUUAAUGCGUGGAUUUAAUGCGUGGAUUUAAUGCGUGGUUUCUACUUGGUUUGGCCUUUCUUCACGUCCUUGUGAUCACUCAGGAUCAUUGUUCGUGUCAAUUAAAGGUAAACGAGCGAGAGAUGGGAAAGGGCUGAGGAAGUGGAGCUAUGCUGGAUAUUUUUGGUCCCUAUUCAUUGACAGGAAGACGAGCUUCAGAACUGCCCUUUAAGUUACUUUCUCUUCCAAUGUUGUCCUUUUAUCUACCUCGCAGCUUUGCGCUUUGCUCUGCUAUUUAUCUAUGGUUCUGCUGAUGGCCACUGAUGGAUUUUCUGGGUUCUAGUCUUGAGACGUCUCGACUCCCUCUGGUAGGUGAUGAUGGCUGAAACCAUGACUAUGAUAUUGCCUUUUACUGUGAACUUCAGGAGGAGCAGAACUUCGAUCACCACUCACAUGUUGGAAUAUUGAUUCAUCAGCAUUCAUCAUUAUAGCAACCUCGUUUGCUAUUUCUGCUAGAAAUAAGCACAUAAUGGGCAGUGGAUUGAGAAAAAUGAGACGACGUCAGAAGUAUUGGUUUUGUCAAACUAAAGAGAAAGCGGGCAAUGCGAGCUGCUUCCCCUCCAAAUCCCUCGAUGAAGAGGAGGCUUGUGUGGGGGUGAAGAUUGCUGAGGCACAAGAUCCUGGCAGUAGAACUGCAGAUCGAACCAGUCGAAAUGAGAAACGGCGUCAGGGAAGCAGGGCGAGUGAAAGAAGCUCCACAGGAGUAAAUGGAAAAGGCUCAAGACGACAGCUUCCUCAGCAUAUCAAACCACCAGUGCCUCCUAAACCAUCACACCUCCAGACUCCGGUGAUCGAGCUGUGUAAACCACUGGGCAGGAGCUCACCCUUUAGCUCCAAGAUGGAGGAGGGAGGAGGAGGAGGAGGAAAAGGCAGAGUGUCUAACCUCAUCAGCCGCUUUGAGGAAAACAGCCACACAGACAGGAGGGACGGCUCUCCUCAGAAACACGCAGCCAAGCCUGCUAAGGGCAGUCCGGUGCACAGGAGCUGUCAGAAACCGACAGACACUAAAGAGCAGACUCAGGACGGCAGAACCGACCAUGACCAGAUGCCCUCUACCAAUGGAGUGUUAGCUCAGAUGGACAGAAACGACAAUGACGGCGGAGCUGCGAGACCAGAUGCUGAACCACUGCUGAAUGGAGACAUGGUGGAGCAAAGUUUGGACCGGGAAGGGGACGGGGACGCAUCUCAGAAUGUCAUUGAGGCAUCUGAGAAAGAGGAUGAGAGCAGGGGAAGAGAGGCAGAGACGGAGAAUGACGGCAGCACCGAUGACGGCGGGAUGGAUCACAAGGAGACUAACGAGCAGAAGCUGUACAAAAUCGCAAAUGAGCUUCUGCAGACAGAGAAGGCCUACGUUGCAAGACUAAAUUUAUUACAGGUGUUUUGUGACAAGCUGAUGGAGGAAGCAGGAAAAGGGACGCUCCCUUCAGAGGUGGUGAAGAACAUCUUCUCCAAUAUCUCCUCGAUCAAUACCUUCCACAGCCAGUUUCUGCUGCCAGACCUGGAAAAACGCAUGGGAGAAUGGGAGACGACACCUCGAAUCGGGGACAUUUUACAGAAACUAACACCUUUUCUGAAGAUGUAUGCCGAAUACGUACGGAAUUUUGAUAAAGCCAUGGAGCUGCUGAAACAGUGGACAGAUCGUUCGCCUCAGUUCAAGGCAGUUAUUCAGGACAUCCAGAAGCAGGAAGUGUGUGGGAGUCUGACGCUGCAGCAUCACAUGCUGGAACCAGUACAAAGGGUACCAAGAUAUGAGAUGCUCCUUAAAGACUACCUGAAGAAGCUUCCUCAGGAUCACGUGGACCGGCGGGAUGCUGAGAAAUCGCUGGAGAUUAUUGCCACAGCAGCCACACACUCGAACACUGCAAUUCGCAAAUCUGAGAAUCUAAAGAAACUGCUAGAGAUUUAUGAGAUGCUGGGGGAGGAAGAAGACAUUGUAAACGCCUCCAAUGAGUUUAUAAAGGAGGGACACAUUCUCAAACUGGCAGCAAGGAACACUUCCUCUAUGGACCGAUACCUCUUUCUGUUCAACAACAUGAUGCUCUACUGCGUCCCCAAGUUCAGCCUUGUUGGCCAGAAGUUUACGGUGCGCACUCGGAUCGGCAUCGACGGGAUGAAGGUGAUGGAGACGUAUAACGAGGAUUACCCUCAUACGUUCCAGGUCUCUGGGAAAGAGCGUACCCUCGAGCUGCAGGCCAGCUCCGCACAAGAUAAAGAGGACUGGAUAAAGGCAUUCCAAGCAACAAUAGAGAUCUUUCACCAAAAGAACGAGACGUUCAAAAUGGCUGCCAAAGAAGUCGAGGAAGUGUCGAUAACAGACCUGGGAAAACGAGCACCACGCUGGAUUCGAGACAAUGAGGUGACCAUGUGUAUGAAGUGCAGGGAACCCUUUAAUGCGCUCACGCGCAGGAGGCACCACUGUCGAGCUUGUGGUUAUGUGGUAUGCUGGAAGUGCUCAGACAAUAAGGCUCCUCUGGAGUACGAUGGCAAUAAGAUGAAUAAAGUGUGUCGAGACUGUUACUCUAUUUUAAAAGGCCACACAGACAGCGAGGAGAAGGAGGGCAAGAAGAAAGGCAUUUUAGAGAUCGAAGCAGCCCAGUUCUCAGGGAGCAGUAUUAUGUAUGGCUUCCUGCAGUACUGUGAGAAGAACAAACCCUGGCAGAAAGUCUGGUGUGUUAUCCCUCAAAAGGAGGCUUUAGUGCUCUAUCUGUAUGGAGCACCGCAGGACGUUAAGGCUCAGUCCACCAUCCCGCUGCUGGGAUACUCUGUAGACGACGCGUCGCGACCCACUGAUCCUCCGGCCAGUUUCCGUCUGUCCCAGUCGAAGUCCGUCCACAGCUUUGCUGCUGAGAGCGAGGAUUUGAAGCAGCGCUGGCUCAAAGUGAUCCGAGUAUGCGUGAAGGGCGAAGUGCCCCCAAGCCCACCGCCUACAGACACACCUGCCACAGACAGCAGCCACGAUUCGAGCACAGAUAGCCUCUAAUAGGAGAGUGAGAGCACUCUGAUAGUGCCAAAGACCCAGACAGAGAGAGACAGAAAAGAUCCCAGAGACUACACACAAACAAUGCUGUCUGUCAAUCACUCAUAUGCAGCAUACAUUUGAACGGGGGUAAGCGCUCUUACGGCCAUGCUGGAUUUAAAAUUUAAGCAAAACAAACCCGUACACAAAUAGGCUCCCCCUUUAACGCUGCUCCGAAACACAGCAGUCCAAGCAGAUGGUGCACACAAAUGCUUUAAAAACUGGUGCUUUAGGACGGUUGUGGUGAAAUGAUCAAACUUUACACAUCAUGCUAUCAACUUUUUUUUAGUAUAAGUUACUUUAGUGUGGUGUAAUCAUCUACACAUCGUAUUUAUAAAGACGUGACGUGAAUCCAGGCCUCGAGUACCCUUUGAAGAACCAUUGUUGUUCUUUCUAUGAUCUUACUUUCCCCGUAUACAUCACAUUUGGUUACCCCUCGCAAUAAAUACGGAUCACGUCACUGCACCUGGAGAGAACGGUCCGCAGGAGUCGGGAGGCCACAUUUUUACAAACCAGCAUUCCAUUCAAGCACAUGAGUAGAAGAAUCGCUUGGCCUGCAAUUCUUCAUACAGACUGCAGGAUAUGUGCAAUGAGCUUCAUGGACUCUCGCAAAGGACAUGGCAAUACCAAUGUAAAGUGUUACAUAAGCUGGGUAAAUCCCUCCUUUAUUAUAGACUGGCUACUGAAUGGUCUCAAACUAUAGUUUUACCCAAGCUGGUGUAUGGGUUUGCCUUUGGUUUUGAAGAGAACAAAAAAAACUAAUCUGAAUAUCUAUGACAAUUAAAGGAAUACUCCAGUGUUUUUCUAAUA